AUGCCGCCGCUGCGCGGGGCCAAGCGCCGGCGUAAGGCGGCGUUGGAGAAGAAAGCGGCCGCGGCCGCAAUGGCGGCGGCCGCAAUGGCGGCUGCCGCCUCGGGCGAGUCGCCUGGCGACUGGUGGGACGCCUUCUGCAUGCGGAUGUCAGGAACCUUAUCUUCUAUCGAGGAUGCACACAGAUUCGAGUCUGUAUUCAAAAUGCCAAGAAGAGCUUUCGACUAUGUCUGCAACUUGGUGAAAGAUGAAAUGAUGGUGAGGUCCAGCAGCUAUACCUUUCUUGAUGGCACAAUGCUGUGUUUGGAAGAUCGAGUGGCCAUUGCUCUACGGAGGCUGAACUCUGGUGGGUCACUGGUGACCGUAGGAUCCUCUGUUGGAGUGAACCACUCAACCGUGUCGCUGAUAACUUGGAGAUUCAUUGAGGCCAUGGAGGAGCGAGCAAGCCACCACUUGCGCUGGCCAGACUCCAGCGAAAUGGAGAAGAUCAAGUCCAAGUUUGAGAAGAUCCAUGGUCUGCCAAACUGCUGCGGCGUUGUGGAUACAACACACAUCACAAUGUGCCUUUCAUCAGCUGAGCCAAACUGCAAGGUCUGGCUCGAUCAGGAGAAGAAUUACAGCAUGGUAUUGCAAGCUGUUGUUGAUUUGGAUACAAGGUUUACAGACAUCGUGACUGGGUGGCCUGGAAGCAUGAAAGAGUCCAGCAUUUUGCACAGCUCUGGCCUUUUCAAGCUCUGCGAGAAAGGUGAGCGGCUGAAUGGCAGCAAGCUGAAGGUAUCAGAUGGAUCAGAGAUCGAGGAAUACUUGAUUGGCGACUCGGGCUACCCCCUUCUUCCCUGGCUGCUCACACCUUACCAAGAGAAGGACCUCACAGAGUCCAGUGCUGAGUUCAACAGUAGGCACUCUGCAGCGAGAACAGUCGCUCCAAGGACACUGGCCAAGUUCAAGGACACAUGGAAGUUCCUGCAGGGUGAGAUGUGGCGUCCGGACAAGCAUAAGCUGCCCCGGAUAAUCCAUGUCUGCUGCUUGCUGCACAACAUAAUCAUAGACCUUCAGGAGACAGCGGUGGACGAGGCACCGGCGUGGUCGAGCGACCAUGACGCUAAGUACAGGCAGCAGGUGUGCCAGUUAGCUGAUGAGAAUGGAGUCAGGGUGAGGGGCAAACUGUCCCAGCACCUGAUUAGCAGGUGA